UGGCCAGCCAAGCCUUGGUUCCCGAGCAAUGUUUGCAAGGACCCCAAGUGUGGUGCCAGGAUUUGGCCACGGCCAUGGAAUGCAAGAAAGAGCUGUACUGCAGGGACGUCUGGGCCGACCUUGCUGUGGAAGAUCCUCUGGAGGAGGACGACGAGGCCCGACCCCCUAGCAAGAAGUGCUCUCUCUGCACCAAGCUGAUGGAUCAGCUCAAGUCAGCAGCUGGCGAGGACCCCGACGAGGACGCCAUCAACAGCGCCCUGAGAUCCGCGUGCAAGGCUUUGGGCAAGCGCGUGGCCCGCGUGUGCAAAUCGCUGCUGAAAAAGUACAAAGAUCAGAUCUCGGAGGCGCUGCAAAACAACGAGGACUCCACCGAGUUCUGCACCAACAUCAAAAUGUGCAGGGGCUCCUCAGAGCUCUCAGACUUCUGGAACUGAUGCCUGCUGCCUGCCCAGACGCCAGGCCCAGGCCCCAGAGCGUCUCCCUGCUGCUGCUGCUGCUGCUGGUGCUCACUGCAACGCACAGCUGGCUGGAGCCUCGCCCAGGGACCCCUCGUGCCGGAGCAGACAACCGGAGGACAGCGUGGGCUCUGGGCCUGGCAUAGCCAGCGGCUUUGCUAGCCCCCCUUGGCGUCUCUUCUGCUGGCUGGCGUGGGCCGGAGGCUGGGGAACCCGGCUGCCGAUGCGUGCCAGCCUGGCG